UGUUGAGGCUGGGAGCGGGCUGUGUGUGAGCGGGUGCUCGGGGCGCAGGGCGGCGCUGUGGGUAGAUUUUCAGGGCUGAGCCGCGGAGUCUUCCUUCUGCCAGCGCGACGCGGAUGACGUUCAACAACAAAGAUGGCAGGAAACAGCAACUAUUGGGAAGACUUGCGCAAGCAGGCCAGACAGCUGGAGAAUGAGCUCGACCUGAAGCUGGUGUCCUUCAGUAAACUGUGCACCAGCUACAGCAGCUCGCGGGAUGGUCGGAGAGGAGACAGUUCUGACACAACACCCCUCCUCAACAACUCCACUCAAGACAGAAUGUUUGAGACCAUGUCAGUCGAGAUUGAGCAGCUUCUUGCUAAACUUACAGGUAUAAAUGACAAAAUGGCAGAGUAUGCGAGCACACCAGGAGUGACGUCUCAUAACGCUGCUCUAAUGCACACCCUCCAAAGGCAUAGAGACAUUCUACAGGACUACACACACGAGUUUCACAAAACCAAAACCAACUUUCUGGCAGUCAGAGAGAGGGAGGAUCUUCUCGGGUCUGUCAGGAAAGACAUUGAGACGUACAAGAGUGGCUCAGGGGUGAACAACAGACGAACAGAGCUUUUUCUUAAGGAGCAUGAACACCUAAGAAACUCAGAUCGACUUAUUGAAGACACAAUAAGCAUUGCCAUGGCAACCAAGGAGAACAUGACAUCCCAGCGUGGCGUGUUGAAGUCCAUACAGAGCAGGGUCAACACUUUAGCCAAUCGUUUCCCAGCCAUCAACAGCCUCAUCCAGCGGAUCAACUUGAGGAAGCGGAGGGACUCGUUAAUUCUAGGCACAGUGAUCGGCGUCUGCACCAUCCUUCUGCUGCUUUACGCAUUUCACUGAUUGACAGAGGAUCUGAGCGAUUGCUUUUUUGGGGUAUAUUCUGUGAGCAGUGGCAGGGCCUUGGAGAAUAAAGCUCAGUGAUGGGACCCUGGGGGCUACUAAGCAGACUCCCUCUUGGCCUAAUCAGAUAACAGGAUUGAUUGUGGCCAGCAUGGACUACCUUACUUGUAUUUAGCAAUGGGAUGGAUGUAGCUCUUACAGCAUUUUUGUGGUUCUAUCACAAACAUGCUGUAGGCUGUUCUGGCGAGGAUAAGGGAAUGGAGACCAAAUAACUAUUAAGAAGAAUACUACAACUUAUAACACUGGCUUUUAUAUUAAAAACAGUCUCUCUGUUGACACAGCACCACGAAAGUGUGCUCUGUCUAUUGAUUACUGGGCUAAAGAGGAUUUUAAUGUGAUGGUCCUUUUAGUGAAGGGGAUGUUCAUCAUAUUAUGUACCUUGUGAUUUAAUAAAUUAUUCAUAUACAGGAUAUUUAAAAAGUGUCACAGUAGGUGCCUAACUUCAAAAGCUGUUCUUUUUUUUCAGAUCUUUAAACUCUGAUAGAGGUUUUAGGUUUUCACACGGAGCUCUUGAACAGACUUUAUUCAGCUUUGAUCAGCUUAAAACUCUCCCCCGGAAAAUUCUCCUGUAUGCUUUUGCUGAUGGUGAAGAAAUGUCGGAGAAAGAAGAUCCUGCAUCCUGAAAGAGUUCACUCAGAAAACCAUCAACCAUCAGAUUUGAGAGCAUUGUGCCAUGCAGUUUGUGAUUCUCCACUGACUCACUUACUGAGCCUCUUCACUGUAACACAGCUGAAGGAACUGGAGCAUGAGAACAGUAGCCAAAACAGCCAGCGCUUGAAGAGGAAGUUCGAAAGAACAGAGCCAACCAAGAAAGGAAAACGGCAUGCAAGAAAGUUUAAAACAAGCUAGCGAGGCAUGAAGAGUCUCAGCUAAUGCCAGGUUCACACUGUGCACGACUUUCAGAGUAGGCAGAUUGUUGUACUUUUCACACUACAUGAUUCUCUUGUUAUCAGGAAUAUUAUAGUGGCUGUGGUUUGCAUAUUACACAACUGAUCAGUGACAUGGAGACACCAAUUACACAGCAGUCUUUCACCAGGCGGAACCCAUCGUGACAAAACACAAAUGCAGGAGAACUUCUGUGAUCCUGAUGUUUUUUUCUCCAUCUUUUAAAAUGAUGAGCAGUAAAAACCUAAUAAUAAAACUUUGAGAUAUAUAAUUCAUUUAUCUUUUUUUUUUUUUUUUUUUUUUACCCCACAAUUUUUAAUUUUCUCCACAAUUUGGAAGGCCCAUUACCCGGUCCCUAUUUUUAAUGAACUACCAUUAUCAGUACCAAUGCUCCCAACACUAAGAGUGUGAAGACUAGCACAUGCCUCCCCAACACAUGUGAAGUCGUCCGCCACCUUUUUGGGAGUGAUGUGUGGAGAGCGCGCCAUCUUCCCACCCAGUUGAGCUCUCUCUGACUCCGGCUGCUGAUGCCAAGUCAGCAUGAUUCGGAAUUCAAAACAGCUGUUCGAGUUAUGAUCCUCAGAUUAUAGUGACAGUGCCAUAACCUGCUAAACCUGCUGUUUAACUCGAUUUUAGAGUCACCGACAUAUCCAUAAAUCAAACUUCCUAAUUAUUUGACUGGGGUGUUGAGUGAAUGGUCUCUGAUCUGAUGCUUUUGUUUGCGAUUUCCAAAAAAACUGUCAUGACUGAAAACUCAAGCCUAAAUUGAUAUAAUGUGAAUACAGCCUAGGUCUCUAUGUAGCUGAUUUACUGUCUUGUACCUCAAUAUUGCUUGCACUGUUUCUAUAAAUCUGGAAGCCUGUCAGACAUGUUUUUCCAUCAGAGCAAUUAGCAAAGAACAGAUGCUAUACUAUCUUCUCCAAUUUGUGACUCCCUGUUUUUCUUUUCAUUUCUGAGCUUCACUAAAAUGAGCUUAAUUAGCUCUAAUAAAACCAUGUUUUCAGAACCAACUGUUUCUAAUCAAGAUAACCCAGUUCUGCAAAAUGAUACUGUGCCAGAUGUACAGAGAGAAGACUGUAAGAAUGCAGGGUCCUGAAGUGCUGCAAGCCCAGAAGGAGGCACACAAUUUAUCUUUGUCUAUGAUGGUGUCCACCUUUCGCUUUGGUCCAUGUAACUUGACAAAUGAUACCUGUUCCCCAAAUAGGCCUGCUGAGUUUUACUCAUUUGCAUCAUCUAUUUUUGAUGUGUCUGUCCCAGUUCAUGCAAAGAGGCCUGAUAUUCUUCAGGCUUGUUAGGAUGAGAAAGGGUUUUUGUUUAAAGUUGUGCCUAGACACACUAAACUGAGGUGGUACAUGUGCAAAGAAUUUCAUACAGUCAGUUAUGCCUGUCACAAUAACUACAGUCAUGUAAAUAAAAUAAAGACAUCCUAUGAGA